AUGCUCGCCGCUCCACUUCUCGUUUUGUUCGCCCCAGUUGUUCUAGCUAUACCUGCACCUCAGCUAGACUUAACACCUAGCCACUCCAAAGGCGACUCAGACCCAGCACGCUUCAAGUACUAUGAAAAUCCUGAUGCACUCCAAGGUCCAUGCGAUAUUACCACUGGGCCCGAUGGCAGCAUCUGGACGCAGAACUUUCUCGAUAACAGUAUUUCUCGGAUUCACAUAAACAGUGGCCAGGUCACCAAUUACCCUGUGCCCUACAGCCCAGAUCAGCUCUACAACUCAAGCCUUCCUUUGACCGGCCGCAUUGCCUUUGCCUGUGCGAUUCAGCCAGGCAAAGAUGGGAACUUAUAUGCAGCUACCGGCAUCCGCUCGCAGUUCUUGAAAAUCAACCCCAAAACUGGGUUCAUCAAAGUCUUCACUCCUCCUGUACCUAAUUUUCCCUUCUUGGGAAACAUCCAACCGUUCAAUGAUCUAUGGGCAGGAGAAACCGGGAUGUGGUAUACUUUGACCACAACUGGAACUCUGUAUCACUUCAACUACGCCACAGAAGAGUUCGAUGGCGUAUACCCUUUACCCACACCAUUGAACGGCGUGGUCGGCGCCUUCGUGUCCAAAAUUGACGGCAACGUCUGGCUUGCCGAGAUGCUGGGGCAAGCCAUCACAAAGUUUGACCCCCGCACGAAGCAGUUCACGCGCUACCCGUUGCCACUGACUGGGCUCGGGAUUGUCGUGGUCCGCGCAGAAACCGAAAACAGGUACAUAUGGUUUACCGGAUUCCUUUCAAAUUCGAAUGUGCGAUUCGACACGCGGACCCAGAAAAUUGACGUCUUCACUGCCCCAAUACCGGCGAGUUUCCCAACUGAGAAUACCGUAGACCCGCGAGGAAGGUACUGGUACUCAACCGCAACGACAAACACUAUUCAGUACCUCGAUGCCAACAAUGAGGCUGUCAUUAUUGAUAUGCCGGACAAUGGCGUCACGCUGCCAAUUGGUAUUCCGCCAGGUUUGAAUAUCGCUAUCCAUUCGGGGCCAGACAACGCAAUUUACUUUUCGCAAAGUGAUCUCGUGGAACCCAGCACGGUAACCAAUAUGAAGCGCGAAGAUACUCAGCAAUUGCGCUUGAUGCCAUAA